AUGGCGUCAGCGAGGAAACAGGUGAGGAGGAAACAGGUGGAGGAGAAAUGUGACAAAGUGUUUGACUUCACUGAGGAAAAGAAGAAGGAGAUGAGUGGAUCAGAAGAUGAAGCGAUAGAUGGUCAAACUCCCACAGUGGACAAGGUACCAAAGAAACGAGGUGCAUCUGAUAUGGAGGAGGCUUCAUGUGCUGUCGGAAACGAGGUCCAGACGAUGCUGGAGAAGUUUGGAGCUGACAUCAGCAAGGUGAUGCAGGCCAAGAAGAAACGUCUGGAGUGUCUGACAAAGAGCUACAUGAAGGGAAGUCAACACAAGCUGGAGCAGCUGUGGAGCAACUAUCACAGCCAGAGGCAGAAGAUGAGUCAGCAGUACUCGCAGCAGGUGUCCACCGCGCUGCAGCAGUGGGAGACUGAAGCCCAGCGAGCUGAGGAGCAGGAGGAGAAGCUCAACAAUCUGUUCCGACAGCAGCAGAAGAUCCUGCAGCAGGCCCGAGUCGUGCAGAACCAGAAGCUGAAGACGGUCAGAGAGCUGUACGAGCAGUUUGUGAAGAACAUGGAGGACAUGGAGAAGAGCCAUGACAGCUUCCUGCAGGGAGCCCAACAGGAGCUGAGGAAGGAGAUGGCCACCCUGCAGAAGAAGAUCCUCAUGGACACACAACAGCAGGAGAUGGCCACCGUCCGCAAGUCGCUGCAGUCCAUGUUGUUCUAA